AUCCUCCAAACUAACUCACUAACCUGCACAAUGGGUGCCAUCACUUUGAAGAACCAUCUUCUGGUCUUCCUGCUCAUCUCGCUCCUGGCCGUGGCUCGCUCGAAGCCACUGAGCUAUUGGGAGAUCCACAUCAAGAACGCGCUGAAACAUGGGCAACGACUGUUCGUGCACUGCAAGUCAAAAGACAACGACUUGGGUGCACGAACCCUCGAGAGCGGGACCGAGUUCAAAUGGGAUUUCAAAGUGAACAUUUGGGACACAACGUUGUUCUGGUGCUACUUGCGCAAGGAUAAACAGAGGGAUGAGUGUAGAUUCGAUGCGUUUUGGGUCGAGAAGAAGACCGAGUGGCUGCGCAUCAAAUGCAAGGAGCAUAGGUGCUUUUGGACUGCAGAAGACCAAGGGAUUUACCUCUUAGAUGGUAGUCGGAAUGUUGAUGAGUACCUACAUCCCUGGAAAAUGAUACCAUAUCCGUUGAACAAAUAUGGUUCAUAAUUUCCUCACUGCUCUCAAGCGAUUGAUUUAUGCAAUAAAUUGAGAUGUGUUCUUUUAUUUAAAUCCAAUUGUGUUUUCCUUUUU